AGUCACUUAACUUUUCGUGAAUUUUCCGACGGAAUUUUCCACUUGAUAUUAACCCAGAAUCAUGGUCUGAAUCAUCCCCUCAGUAUUCGCUACGAUGUCACUAACCUGUAUAUUAGUAGAUCGAAUCCUCGCCUUUUCAAAGUAAGCUCCACCAGACUACUCCAUUGCGAACUAAAUAAAAACAUUUAUUUUUUCAGUACAAAUUGUAUGGCUUAUAUGCUACAUUCGUUAGCAUAUAUUUUCGCUUGCAACACGACGCGACAUCCCAUAGAUAUAUGGUUGAAGAGAUGAAGAGUAGCAUAGCAAUGGACUACUCGUGUGUGGAGUGGGCGUGGGUGGUGCCAGUGGUGCCGCUGCUCGCCGGCUGCGUGUACGCAGUUGUUACACACAUGUGCAUACGGAAAAAGAAUUGGAGGGUUUUAUUUACACCGGAGCCAUAUUGGGGACCUCGAGACCACGUGGUCAGACAACUGAGGAAACAGUUCAUCUCUCCUGUAUUCGUGGGAUCGAGUGCGUCUCGCUACUUGGCUCGUUACAUGCUGAACAGAUAUAAUACUGCAACUUAUCGCCUGGAUGUCAACUACUUCGCCCAGGGCCGGCGGUCCACCGUGUACGCGCUUCGAGACUUCGGACGGAAGGCUGAAUGA